UGUGUGUGUGUGUGUGUGUGUUUCUCUGCAGGUUGUUCAAGAUCAAGCAGCGUUUUCGUAAUGUGUUGGACACCAUGUUUGAGCUGUUUCCCCGCAUGGCCAGUCUUGGACUGACUCUCAUCAUCUUUUAUUACUCGUUUGCGAUUGUGGGGAUGGAGUUCUUUGCUGAUGUUGUCUAUCCCAACUGUUGCACCACCAGCACCGUCGCUGAUGCGUAUCGGCAAAUCAACGUAACCAUCGGCAACCACACAGUGCUGCAGGAGGGGUACUACUAUCUCAACAACUUCAACAACAUCCUCAGUAGCUUUGUGACUCUGUUUGAGCUGACGGUCGUCAACAACUGGUAUAUCACUAUGGAGGGUGUGACAUCACAGACGAGUCACUGGAGUCGCCUUUACUUCAUGACCUUCUACAUUGUCACUAUGGUUGUAAUGACAAUAAUUGUGGCCUUCAUCCUCGAUGCGUUUGUUUUCCGGAUGAACUACAGUCGCCAAAACAGAGAACCACAAGACGACCCGGAAGAUGAAAAGGGGAUUGUGUUUGAAGUGGAAGUGUCUCGUGCUGAAGCGUCACAGACACUGGAACUAUACAAACACACCCUCGCUGGGACCAACAUCAGUUCACUGCAGGAAAUGUGUGUGUCUAUGGACAGAAAUGGACACUCCAGUCUAGUGUUCCAGGGUCGAAGGUCACGCACUAAAAGUGACCUGAGCAUGAAGAUGUAUCAGGAGGAGAUCCAGGAAUGGUAUGAAGAAUAUUCCAGAACUAAUCUACCUCAGCCUGAUUGUGUGCUUCCUCCUGUCCUGGACAGCUCUGAUUCUACAUACAGCAUAAAUUGACACACACACACACACACACACACACACACACACACACACACACACACACACACACACACACUCCUGGAUAAAUGUUGUUUUAUGUAAAAGUGAGACCUUCUCAGCCGUCUUUCUCCUCAUAAUAAAGGCUGUGCUGCGGGUCGCCAUAGCGACGACCCUUUCGCGUUUUCUCCACCGACUUCCUGGUCACACCCAUCAGAACCGAUUAGCCAAUAGAAAGCUUUAUUUCUCUUCGCAUACUGACGGUUUUGUGACCAAUCAGGGAUAAGACCAGCUGUCGGACUGCACUCGGGUCCAGGAACCAUUUUAGUACCUUUUUAUUUCUCGGAAGCACAAACGACCUUCUGAUCUUUUAUUUAACCACAGAGAUUACUCACCGAAACACACACACACACACACACACACACACACACACACACACAGGUCUGGCUUUAUCAGCUAGACGCACCAAGUUCUCGGUUUCUGCUAAAUCAGAAUGUAAUUAGCAUUAAAGUCGUUUAAUGCGGUCUUUCAGCACAUUUACUGUCUGUAUUGUCUUAUAUAAGCUACAAACAUUACAAUAACACAGCGUUAGCUACGUAGCUUGUGUUAGCCGAUUCCUACCGACCCUGAUGUUUAUUCACAGUUCGUCAUCUCGUUAGCUCAGACCUUCCAGUUCCCGUAGCAAUAAUCUGGGCCAAACAAUCCGACCAACCAGAUUCCACUCGUCCAUUUCCAGGACUAUUUAACGAUCCUCUCACACCGAGGGCUAACGGUCACAUGUCCAGAAUCUAUCAUGCUAACUUCUCUAGACGGCUCUUUCUUUACCUCAUCUGUUUAUUCAAAAGUUAGUCAGAAAAUAGCUAGUAGGCUAAUGCUAUGCUAGUCAGGUGCACAUGGUGGCACAAAGAAAGGUAACCGACAUGGUUUUUAAACCUGUUUUUUUUUUUUUUAAUUAAAUAGAAGAGAUUAUUAGCUAUUAGCUAAGACCUCCGCAGCCGGCUAGCUAGCUAGCAGAUUAUUCUAGCUUAGCAUUAACAGAAAGGAGUAGCUAAAACGAUCAGCAUAUUAGCAAGAUCGAUAAAUAUUUAUCAGACUAUGAAGUUAAUAAAAAGGUUUUAAAUAACGCGGGAUUGAGGAUAUCGACAUAACGUUGCUAACGAUGGCUUAGUUAAUAUUAUCAAAAGUAUUAGCCCCCCUCCAAUAACCCAUCAUUAUCCACAUUAGAGUUUUUUUCCUCUCUCUCUCUCUCUCUCUCUCUCUCUCUCUCUCUCUCUCUCUCUCUCUCUCUCUCUCUCUCAUCGCUACGAUCCUGAUCCUGAUCCUUUAGAAAUGAUUUUACUUCUAAAGUUCUACUCUGUGAAGCCUGAAAUCUUCUGCACAGGCAUCUGUUGACCUCCAGUGUUCGAACUCUUGUGUUUUUAUAGAGCGACGCCGUUUUACGGACAGAUGUGUUCUGUAUACAGACACGUUUGUGAAUAUUUGCUUUACUAGUCGCACCGUAAGAGUUUUUAUUUAAAUUGAUGUGUGCAGUAGUGAAGUGAAGCUGUUAAAAUCUCCUCCAACACUAAACCCGGCGGAGGGUUGAGUCACGACUGCUGCUCAUACACCACUUUUCUAUUCCUCUUCUUUUGUAUAAAUAACAUAUUGAAUCUAUUAAACGGUUCAUUUCAGAGA